AUGUCCGUGGAGGCGGCGACGGCAAUCGCAACGAAACCGCGGAGGGAGAGAAAGAGAACCCCCCUCUUCCUCUCCUGCUUCUGGGGGUCCUCCUCGGUGUUGUUCUCCGACGAGCUGCAGUCCAGCCGCCGCAUCAAGAAGAAGCAGCAGAAGAAGAAGAAGAAGCAGAAGCCGCCUUGGCUCUCGUGGUGGCACGUCAAGAAGAAGAAGAGGAAGAAGGCGAAGAUGGUCCCUUUCGAAAGACUUGCUAAGGUUUUUCUUAAUUAUCGCGUCCGAUAUCAGGCUCGAGAUAACAAAAUCGAUAGCGACGCACAGCAGACGAACACGGCGACUCCCCAACUCCGAGAAGAUGUCGCCGCCAACUCUCCGCCUCAGCCGCUGCUCCCAUCAACCUCCACCAAGCCAACCGCUGCUCAGACCAGCCAGAGUCCCGACCCAAUCCAAACCAGAAUAUCGGCGGUCCAACCAGGCCUGCCGAGACGCAGCGUCUGCAGCACCGCACCGAACCACGGCCCGGCCCGAACUGGCCGGGUAGAACCGCUCGCCGGGCUAUGGGUCAUGGCGACCACGUUGGGGGUGAUGGUCCUCUUCGGCCGCGCCAGCGCGGUGGUUUUCCUUUGCUCAUGCAUGUACAUUAUGCCGGUAGUAAGGGCGGCGGCAGGGGACAGCGGCGCCCCCGGCAAUCGGACGGAUCACAAAGGAGUCGAUUUGGAUUCGGAGGAGUACAAGAAGAGGGUGAUAAUGGAAGGGUUGCUGGAGAGAAACGGCCGGAGGCCUUCGUAUGCUUUGUAACGAGCUAGACCAGAGCGUGCUUUGUAACGACUAACGAGCUAAGGAUUUUUAAGCUCACCAAAA